GUCAAAACACGCUGCACUGGAAUUACUGCAAAUCUGCAAAAGCGUGUUUCUCUAUAUAAAUAUAGAUAAAACCCUUUAAGUGCAAUCCCAGUAAUAUGUAAAAUAGUGUUUCCAUUGUGGUCAAAUUCUUCUAUUAUUAAAAGUUAAAGUUUAGGUCAAUUUAACUAUUUUAGGUUAGGAUCUUGUUCAACAUGAACGACGAAAGAGGUUUUAAUAAGAAGUACAAUAAUUGGAAUAGUCAGAGUCGUGGUUCUUAUAGGGGAGGAGGUGGGAGGGGCAAUAAGAGGGGAGCAUGGCGCGGAGGGCGCUCUAAUUACCGAGGAUCUCAAUCCCAUGGCAAUUAUGGAAACCGUGGGGAUCAAAGCUUCCGCGGCCAAAAUCGUCAGCAAAACAACUAUAAGAAUCAGAACCAACAGUGGCAGAAUCGGCCCAAACGGGACCGGCCUGGUAAAAGGCUCACUGAAGAAGAGAUUGGUGUGACGGAGUAUGUAACUGAUCAUGAAGGUUUUCUUGGCAUUAUAAAGUCUAGAUACUCAGAUUUCCAAGUAUCAGAAAUCAACGAGCAGGGUGAGGUAGCAAAGUUGACUAACCUCUCCCCACCGGAGCCCCCAGAGGAGAAAGAGGUGGUGGAAGAUGAAGAUCUGCUCCUCUGCAAGUAUAACCUCGAAUUGCUGCCUAUGGAUACAUGGGACCGAAUUAACAAAAUGGCCGUUUGUGCUGAUGCUAGUUCUGAUGUUGUUGAAGUAGAUGUGACGGGUAUGACUAAGGAGCAGAGGACGAAGAUCCAUGAUGGAGUGAAGAAAGCAUUUGGCAAGUGCAUAGUGGGCAGUACUGUCACUGAAGGAGACAAAAAGUUGGUGCGCUUCGUCAAGUUCAAGAAAGGAGUGCGUAUCGACAACCGCGUCAAAUGGGUAUGGCCGGCUGAGUAUACAUACUUCAUAGUGCACAAGGAGAACUGUGAUACUAUGGAUGCUGCUUCUAGAAUUGCGGAGAAAUGCAAGCUUAAUAUAAGGCCGUCGAUGCUGGGGUACGCCGGCACGAAAGACCGGCGCGCGAAGACCUCGCAGUGGUUCAGCCUGCGCAAAGUGGACCCGCGGAAGAUAGCGGGGGCCUGCAGGGGGAUGCGCGACGUCAGGGUUGGGAACUUCACCUUUAGACCCAACAAUCUCAAGCUCGGCAUGUUGAGGGGCAACCAGUUCAGAAUCGCUCUCCGCAACGUGACAGCUGAAGACGAUUAUGUAACCACUGCGUGUCAGUAUUUGAAGAACAAGGGUUUCAUCAACUACUACGGGUUGCAACGCUUUGGUUCGCGCGUCGACAUCCCUACUUGCCAAGUUGGAUUGAAGCUGUUGCAAGGAAACUUAAAAGAGGCGAUAGACUGCAUCCUGUCGGAGCGCGAGGGCCCGCUGCAGGGCGCGCUGCGCGCCUACCGCGAGGAGGGCGCGGGCGCCGCGCUGCGCGCCUGGCCGCGCCGCGCGCCGCACGCCAGCAUCGAGCUGCGCCUGCUGCGGGCGCUGCGGGCGCGCCCGCACGACCUGCUGGGCGCCCUCGACAAGCUCGCCCGUAACACCCGUCUCCUAUACCUGCACUCGUACCAGUCUCUGGUAUGGAACCGUGCCGUCUCAGAGCGCAUCCGUCGCUUCGGACUGCAGCCUGCCAUAGGGGACCUCGUACCACUGGACGUGAGGAUCGAAGAAGAAAUAGAAGUACCUUCAGAUUUAGAGGAUGAAGAGGAGGACUCGGAUUUCGAAGGCAACGACGACAAGUCAGAAAAUGGCGGCGACGACAAAAUGGCCGACAAAGAGCAAACGCUGCCGUAUGAUCUAGAAACUUCCAUCAAACAAGUGAAACAGAAAGUUCCUACCAAAGUAUUGACGCAAGAAGACAUUGAUGGUGGGAAAUACAGUAUAUUUGAUAUCAUCUUACCUCUGCCUGGACACAUGAUCGAGUAUCCACCAAAUAUGAAGCAGUUUUACUUGGAAACUUUGGAGAAAGACGGACUGAAUAUGGAAAUGAAGCACAAAUUCAAGAGCUACACAAUGUCCGGCGCGUACCGGCACAUGGUGGUGCGUCCGGUGGACGUGUCGUGGCGCUGCGUGCGCUACAGCGACCCCUACGCCGACCUCAUCCGCUCCGACGUCGACGAGCUCGAGGGGAAGGAGCUGCACGGGAUUAUUGACCACGGCAAGUACCGAGCACUGAUUCUGAACAUGACGCUGCCAUCAAGUUGUUACGCCACCAUGGCGCUGAGGGAGCUCCUCAAAAUUGACACCUCAAGUGACAACCAGGCUCUUCAAAACAACUACCACAAGAAGAAGGAAGCAGAUCAGACAGAGAAGACAGGAGAAAGUGAGAGUGAGAAGAUAAAUGAAAGUGAGAUGGCCGAAGAAACUAAUACAGAAAAGGAGAGUGACGAAACAGAAACUUCAAAUAAAGAUGGGGAUAUAACAGAAGUUGAUGAUGGAGUAAAAGCAGUAAUUAAGACAGAGACAGGAGAUAACCAAGCAGAGAAGAGAAAGUUAGAGAGUGCCGGAGAUGAAGUAGAAGUUAAGAAGCUGAAGCAAGAAGUAGAAUUAGAAUAAAUAUUCCAUUCAACUA